AUGCUACAUCCAACACCUUUGGGAAUUGCUCAUGGCUCAACUAUGCAGCAAGGAAGCGGAAGAGGAGAUCUUUUCGUCUCCGUUCUGCAGGUUUGCCUUGAAUCAAAAUCGGGCGGUGGUUUGAACCAAUCCUUUCCAGAUGUUUCACAAUCAUCUCAGGAAACUUUACUAUCCAUGCUUUGUUGCACAGAGCUCGAUCGAGCCUAUGGUGUAGAUUGCCCCUUCUCCAAGAAAGCGGUCCCGAGAAGUCAACCUCCACCAGUCUGGUUUCAUCGAUGCAUUGCCGAAACGGGCGAGUUCGAGCUUCAUGAAAGCCUGCUCCUCCCAUUUGUUCUCUCGGGCUAA